CUUAUAUCCAAAUGCAACCAGAAUUCUCCAACCAUGCGAUGUUGCAGUGUUCCGGCCUAUAAAAAUGGGAUGGAAAAAGGCAGUUAGGGAAUUUUAUGAAGAAAACCCUGGAGAAGUGCUAAAUAAAAUGACAUUUGCUCCUCUACUGGAGAAAGUAGUGGCAAAUAAUAUUAAAAGGGACACUUUAAUCAAUGGAUUUCGUGUAUGUGGUUUAUUUCCUUUUAACCCAGAUGCUGUUGAUUACACUAAGUGUUUGGGAGGAAAUCAGCGUGUUGAGGUAAAAAUGCCGCCCCCGCGUAUGGACUAUAGAUCAUUUGUUACUUUGACUGGUGAAGAUUUAAUUAAAAGAUGUAAGUUAUUCGAUGAUCUUUUGGUUAAGGAAGGUAUUACCGACGAAUUUUUGGCUUUGUACAAAAUAUGGAGUUAUUUUGAAAAACCUGAUUCAUUGACACAUGUUAAAAAAAAGACUUUGACGUAAGAGACAUAUCAGAAUAGUUUGCUACUGAGGUGUUUUACUCGACGGAGGCUGAACCUGAACUAGAUCCAUCUGAAAACCAACCUUCAAGUGAACUAGAAAUUAAAAAAAUAAAUUUGGAUUCUAAAGUCAAUUCAUCUCAGAUUCAACUUACAAAGAAAUCACAAAUUAAUGUAACACAAAAUAUUGUCAUAAAACCUAGUAAGGACACUUGUAGCUUGCCGUCAACAAGUAAAAAUAUAGGUGACUAUCUAGAAGUGCCAGAACAAUCAACAAGAAAAAAUAAACGCAAUAUCGAAAGAGUCUCUUUUGCUAUAACAUCAAAAGAGUACCAGGAAAGUUUUGAGAAAAAGCGUGCCUUAAUGUUAGAAUUAGAAAAUAAUAAAUUAGAGAGAAAGCAAA